AUGGGCUUGGUGUCCAGGAGCUCUAUUUCUCACUCUGUCCUCUCUGAGAUGCAAGUGAUAGAACAAGAAACGCCAGUGACUACAAAGUCCACACAGUCCCAGCUAGAUCUCUUUGAAGACAUCGGAAGCUUCACAUCUGGACCACCAAAGUACAAAGAUAAUCCUUUUUCAUUAGGCGAUGCCUUCAGCUCACAGUGGGAGACAGACAACUCCUCUUGGGAAAUGGACAAAGGGGAGGAGGAGGCAGACAUUGCCAUCUCCAGCAUCCGGCCUAUUGGUGACAGACCCAUUAACAGAAGAGAGACAGAGAGCAAGAUAUCAGUAGUGGAGUCCAAUGAAGCUCAGCAGAAGUUUGCAGGGGCCAAAGUCAUCUCAUCUGAUAUGUUCUUUGGACGGGAAGCUGAUACAGUUCCAGUGGCUGAAUAUUUGACCGAUCUUCAGUCAACAAUGAGAGUGGCAAGAGACAUCGCACAAGAACAUCUAGCUGUAGCCCAGCAGAGACAGAAGAGCUACUAUGACAGGUCAGCCAAACCAAGAAGCAAGCGGAGGUUAUUUUUCGAUGGAGAGAGUGGUAAAGACCCUGACGUGAUGGGGAUUGGUAGUUUUAACUAUCAGCAGUUUACUUUCAAGAUUCUACAAAAAUGUUUGGACAAUGUUUCGCAGGACUUCUUAAAUUACUCUUGGAAGUUUCGCAAAAAAACAUUUUGGGACAGAGAGAGUUCAUUGUGUUGCUGGGAAGGACGAGUGUAAUUAUCCCCAACAACAUGUUAACCUCUGGAAUGCUCCGCAGAAGGAAACAUCGAUGAACUGUGCCAGGUGGCAUGAAGAAGAUCCCUAUGAAAUGUACUGAGUAUCGGAAGAUGUUUAGUCCAGUGUAUAAAUAAAGACUUGGGGAAUAACCCUGAAUGAAAAUUAAACUGUUACAAAUAUGAUUUAUGGAAAAUGUAUUUUUAAAAUGUCUUUUAAUUUAGGUUUGUGAAUCUUAACAAUGGGAAAGGUGACCAAUACGUUUAUGGUUUGUAUGUUGAAUGGUAAGAUAUGGACAUGUUAUGUGUAUAUGCAACAGUGAAGGUUUGUAUUUUAUGAUUUAUGUAUUGUAUCUAACUUUGUGUUUUAUUUCAGAAUACUGUUGUGUAUGUAUAUAUGUAUUUAUUAAUUAUUUUUGCCCAUUCUAGGCAUAGAAAAGGCAAAAAUAAUCUUUCUAAGGGGGGAGGUGUAGAGAAGUUAUGUGUUAAACAGAGAUUAUUGAUAUGAUUUUAUUUAUUUGUUUGUUAAGGGAAAAAAAAGAGUUAUAUAUUAGCAAGGAAAAGCCUAACAUGGAAACUAGCUGGAAGCAGCAUUUGGUAGGUUGCCAUGGUAACACAGCUUCCCUUGGGAGAAAAGGGGCGUGGCUAAGAUGACAGUUAGAGCAGAUUCCCUUUUAAAAGUUAGUUUAGUUGCUGUGAGGGUUUAAAAAGGACAGUUGCGGUUAGGUUUUGGAAAGAUUAGGAGCUGUGGAAAUCAGCUAAGGACGGCAGCUUAUGGUCACUCAGGGGAAAGGCUGGGAAUAUAAGCUGACCAGGGGAGUUUAGUAUACUGUGUUGAAGAGAAGUUAUUUAAGAAAUAUCCAUUCAAGAAAGACUACAUUGUAACUUAAGAUCCGGAACGUUUACUGAUUGAAACCAUACGCUUAUGUACCAAAAAUAAACUUGAAUUUUGUUAUUGUUCAUAAAGAUAAGUCUCCUUGCCUUUCCGUAAGCCUGUUACCUCACGUUGGUGGCAGUUACCGUACCUAUCUAUAUAAGUUACCGUACUUUUCUAUAUAAGUUACCAUCUUUACUCAUUUAAACCCAAUCAGUUCCGUUAUCCUUCCUUAUCCACUAAAUCAUCCCUGUCAUACAUUCACACAUCCUCCAUCCCUCCCUCUCACACGCGCGCACAUCUCCUCAAUUGGAGGCAGUAGUGGGAUUUAGACAAAGAUUUCCCCCUGCCUGAGUUGAGUACCACAAAUUGGGCUCUCUUCAAUUGGUGGCAGCGGUAGGAUAGAAAAGGAUUCCAUCCCUGUCACCUCAGUCCUCCUCAAUUGGUGGCAGCGGUGGGAUCAAAAAGAUUCCAUUCCCUGCCUCACCUCUCUUCACCACCCAAAACCUGUUCAUUCUUGAGGGAUCACUGCUGCUUUUUUAAAAAAAAAAUGUGAUGGGUUGUUUGGAGAA